AACAAUCCUCUACGCACAUUUUGGUGCCUGUUUCGUCUCGAUCUGACGAAUCUAGCACUUUUAGUAACUCCAUUCCUGACAUUUCGACAUUUCCAUCUACAGAUCUCGACAUCGAGUCCCCAUCUCUUGUGAACAAGUUGUCCGAUAAAGCUCAAACUUUGUCAGAAUCAUCGUCUUUAUUAUCUACAUCCCCUAGAAAAGUUUCAAGUCUCUCCGGUAAGCGGUUGCAUAGUUCACUUUCGCCAUCACUGAUCCCUGCCGACAUGACGCGUACCCUGCCUCGAUCUCGAGUUGGUGAUGUCAACACCCCUUCGAGAUCAGCUCAUCUCGAUCUCGAAAAAGACGUUGUCUUUGACUUUGGUGUUUCUGUUGCUCCCUCUAGCUCUGGUGUUGACUCUUUGCCAGAAGUAAGUGACGUUCCUUUGCUCCCUCCUUCCCCUCCUGCUUGGUUUGCUGCUUUCCAGGCCAAGUUUGAGCAACAUGAGGAGCGUUUGGCCCAACUGGAGUCCCUGGUCGCCGAGAACUCUGCCCUCAAGAAGGAGCUGGCUGCCGCCCGUUCUAGAAUCUUGGAGCUUGAGUCCCAAGCUGGCUUGUCCACUGCCUCUCCCUUGGAGAAUGAUCUGGUUGCUGCUCCCUCCUCUUCUGUCUCGCCUUCUGCUGCUGGCUCCAAGUGGGCUCAAGUUGCCAAGAGGAACCCUACGCCUGCGGAGGCCUUUGGUAAGCCCAAAAAGUCCGACUCUCUCUCGGUUGCCAAGGCCAAACCCAAGGCUAGGAUCACUCCUAAGCAACGUAAGGCCGCUGCUCGCAUCUUUCUCGUCUCUUCUCCUGCUGCUACUGGUACUUGUGUAGACAGGCCUCUUUAUGAGUAUGUCUACUUGCCAAACAAGUACCGUGACCGUCUCUCUGCCUUCCGCCGCAAGCUGCGACUGAUCGGGUUGGAUAACAGCCGUGUACUUGAUGUGCACUAUCCGGCUCGUAAUGUCGUAGCCUUGCUGAUCCAUUCGGCUUACAAGGAGGAUCUCCUGAAGGUCAUGGCCAAGUACUCGCUUCCGGUCUUGACUGACUUUGAUCCUUUCUCUGCGGUCAAUGUCAAGGAUCCUGCCUUUGCGUCUUUGGAUGCUGAUGCUCUGACUGUAAAGGCUCGUGAGCUCCAGGCGGCUCGUCUUGUCCGUGCGCUUGGUUACAUCCGUGAACAAGUACGUAGACAGGUGGCCUACGACUUUGUUCGCCAAGGAUGGUUGUCGAAAGAACAAGCUGGCAAAGUGGUUGGUCCCCUCUCCGCUGUGGCUGGUGAUGGUACUAGUGCUGGUAUUAAUGCCCCUCUGUCUCUCCUUCCAGUAUGGACUUUACCUUGGCCGGUGAUGGUGAACCGGUCUCCUCCUCUUAAUGAGUGAGGCACCUAUGCAACUCUCCUCCGCCUGUAUGCCCCCUUCCUCUCCUUCUGCCUAUGACUUCACCAUGACUAUAUGGAAUGCUAAUGGUAUUGCUCGUCAAGCCAUUAGCACUGUUACCGAUUACCUUUAUGACUCCUCACUUAUCUUUAUAACCGAAACCUGGCUUCUUCCUCCUCUCCGCUUCCCUACCUCUUGGCAACAGUACCACACCUAUGGGCAACCUGUUGCUGACUCUUUCCGU